GGUCAAGAACACGGUUCCCGCUGCAACGGGUUUUUGCUGAUCUGCAGAACAUCACACGCCUUGAGAGUUGAUCGAUCCCGGUUACGGUGCCUGCCAAUCCUACCUGUCAGCGAUGGUUGCUUCACUUCUCCGUUUGGGUCAUGUGUUCGGAUCGCGGAGUUGAGAGAGGUGGGAGAGAGAUCUAGUCCAGCUACCCGAAUGCGAGCGAGCAAAGUUUCUCAGUGUCUGAAAGGGUAUGCCUUGGUGUAGUUGCAAGCUUCGUGUGAGCCUCAUGUUAGGGUUUUUUUAAUUUUUUGCGGCGAUGUGGAGAUUGUUUUUGUGAUACUGGAUUGGAUCUGGUAGCGUGGAUUUCGAGUAACAUUUGGGAAGUGCGUCUCCGGGAUCUCUUGGUUUGGUGGUGGAUUGAGCUGGAGUGAGUGUUCGCAUUAUCUUUGUUGGCGUCGAGUCUCCGUUGAAUUGAAUUUCUCCUUUAUUUGCGGAUUUUGCAGGAAGAUGAAUUGAAGUUCCGUAUUGGUGAAUGUCUAUGAAGAUUUGAACAUUUUCGGAUUUGUAUAUUAUGAUAUAUGGCCUUCGUAGAGAUUUUUCAUCAGAAAUCGUGAAUGCAAAGUGGGUCACAUUUUGAAAAUUGCCUGCGGAGGGAUUAGGUCGAAGAGGCCGGUGGUACAUUGAAUUCUAACAAGAUUGGAGAGACCAGAGUUUUACAUAGUGCGGCUCAAGCCAUGCAGAGUUUUUCAACUCUUGAGCAGUCCCAUCGCCGGCUUUCCGAUGGAUUCUACUGUUGACGGGGUUUACAAUUAGGUUGUAGCGGAUCAAGAUGCUUCUCUGAUUAUGUUAUCAAGGCAACCAUUGGAAUGGAGGGGCGGGUUUCUAUCGGAGUUUUGGUUUUAUUUAACCAGAGUUUGUAUAGUUCGAUUUUACAUGAGAAGUGAAUAGAAGUUAUGCUUACUAUCGUAUAAUAGGAAAAUCCGUAUAGAAACAAAAGAUUAUUUACAGUUGGAUACAAGGCUCUCUUUGUGAAGCAAGGAAGUUCUGAAAUUGCCACUAGGAAAGAAAGUUUUAUGUGUCGAUGCGGAAGGUGUAGACAGAUUGCAUAAUGUAGUGUUGAUUCUGGCGAAUUCCGCUCACUUGUGGGUUCAGCUAGCUGGAAAACGCACGCCACUAGCGCUGGACAGUAAAAAUGGCUACAAACUUGUGGCGAUCGGUUGUAUGUGUCCUUGCAGUGCUACUUACCCUUCUCGCCAUCGCACAGUUGCCACAUGUUUCUCAUUUUGUUGAAAAGAUUUUGAACAAAUUCUUGAUUUGGGUGUCGAAGGAUGUUGGACCUUGGGGCCCGAUCAUCUUGUGCUUUUUCUAGAGCAUUGGCGUACAUUCCAUGCACAGUUUUGGCUAUUCCGGCAUCAAUCCUUACGCUAGGUGGAGGUUACCUGUUUGGCUUGAUGCUAGGUUUUUUGACGGAUUCUGUUGGAUCUACUAUGGGUGCUACUGCUGCCUUUUGGGUUGGAAGAACGAUUGGAAGAUCGUAUGUGACAUCCAAACUUAAGGACUACCCACAAUUUCAAGCCAUUGCGGUUGCUGUUCGCAAAUCCGGUUUUAAGAUCGUGUUAUUGUUGCGGCUUGUGCCGCUGCUACCCUUCAAUGUCUUGAAUUACCUCCUGUCGGUCACACCCAUUGGCAUUACCACCUACAUCAUAGCUUCGUGGAUUGGCAUGAUGCCUAGCACAUUGGCAUUCGUGUACGUGGGUACAACAAUCAAAGACAUUGCUGACAUAACUCAUGGUGAAUCACAUUUCACCAAAACUCGCAUUAUAAUGCUAGCAGUUGGCCUCGCAACCACAGUUGUGGUUGGGAUUUUGAUCACCCGCAUUGCAAAGGAUGCACUGCGUAAUGCAAUUGAUGAAAAUGGAGGUGACGAUGAAUCAUUGACCGCAGCUGCAGAAGCUGUUGGUGUCACUGACAAUCUGUCGGAUGUUCGACAGCCAUUGAUCAUCAAAGUUGACUCUCUGAGCAAUGGCAUAGAUGUUCAGCCUGCUGCUAUGCGCAAGUCAAUUGACACUGCUCUGUAGCUUUUUUCUUUCCAAAUUUAUCUAGAAUUUUACAUGUAUUUUUGACUUAAUCGUGCAUAUAUUUUAUAUGUAGAGGUGUAACAUGUUUACAGUUAUUAGUGACAGUGAUAGAGGUAAAAUUGCCGUGGCCCUUCCUACUUCGGUUAGCAUUACAGGUUCAUAUUUGAUUCGAAUUCGAGACAUUUGUUUAAAAAGUUGCUGAUGUCUUGGUGAAACAUAAGCUGUACCUUUGAUUAUAGUACAGCUACUAUACCACGUCGUUCAAACCUAGAUAUUUUCUGCAGACCUAUUGAAUUUCCCUCUGUUUAGAUACCCUGUUACCUGAGAGGUGCAUCCACUAAUGAGGUGUUUUUGUGAGAUAGGCUGUCUGUGAAGAGCACAAGAAAUACGCUUUUCCUUCUUAAGUUUUUUUUUUCAACUACUAAACCAGUUCAAAGUUUUAGUUUGAGGUGGAUGAGCUUGGAACAACUCAAUUGGAAUUCGGAGACGUGGUUGCCACAUUUAUGCUGUGCCAUCUCAA